AUAACGAGUAAUUUCAUAACAGUUGUCUAUAAAUAGAACAGAGCUGUGCAUGAAUGAUUCAAGGGCGAAUAUCAGCGAAUGUCAUGGAAAACUCGGAUGAAUGCAGGGCUGAUUUGAAGGAGCAGGGAAAAUGAAAAAACAAAACCCUCCAAGGGUUUGAGGGAGGGAGGGGUAGUUUACGCGUGGCUCCCUCUCAAACAUUCGAAAUAUUCUUUUCACAUACUCCAAAGUGGUGUCUUUCGCCCCAGCUGUUGCGGGGGAGGAGAAGUAGAAGCAGUGAUAAGCCAGACCAGAGAAUAUCGGAAUCUCAAUUAUUUUUACACUGAUUGUUCGGUAAAUAGGCUUAGAGGGUGAUUUAUGCGUGUGGGGCUCUUGGCGAUAUAAAUAUUAUGGAAAGUGAGGAGCCAAUUGAUCCCAAGGAGCUCCUGGUCACCCUGAAGACCUACAGGAAACUCGCUGAUGAUUUUACCAACCAUGACACUAUUUUAAAGGACAGGACAGUUCUCUCUUACCUCGCAUACGUUCUCGAUGUAUCUGAUCCUGAUAUUGUGGAGCUGGCGCUUGAUAUUCUCGAGAUAUUCACGAAAAAUGUUGAAAAUUAUGUUCACAUAACCUCGACUUUUGGGGUUCGAGAGGCACUCGAGGCUGUUAUCAACAAGUAUUGUAUUGAUGCACCGAAAUUGGCGAAACAGGCACAGAGCGUCAGAGAUGAUAUUGAGAGGAUGAAACCGCCUAUUUAUAAUUUGAGGAGUCGGUGUAGGAGAGUUAUUGAACCAAAGAAACUCAAGACCCAUGUUAUUGUACUUCAUGUCAGCGGAUUGUUACCCGAAACCAGAGCUGAACUGGAGGCUACACUCAUUAGGAUUGAGGGUCUCAUUUCGCUUGUUCUUGAUGUCGAACAUCAAAGGAUCACUAUGAGGACUUUAGUUAAUGUUACUGCAAAAUGUAUUGCUGAGGCAAUACAGGAGAACACUCAAAACAUGGAGGCGAGAUUAGUUACCAGAAAUAAGUACAAUCAAGAAUUUUUAGUUAAGCUGACUAGUGAAGAAAACGGAGAAUCAAAUGAUUUUCCAGAAUACUUGCCUGAAGAUGAUGACAACCAAGAGGACCAGAAAGAGGGGGUAGUGUCCCUAUUAACAGGCCUGAAACAGAGCGCCUCAACUAUCUACAAAUCAACCGCUGAAUUUUUGCACAAUUCAUUCUACUGGUGAAUAACAGCUCGAUCAAUAUAUCCCAGAUAAAAUUGGAUCAGUCGUUCCUACGCUCGAAGCAAACACGACUCUCUCACAUCAGUCAGUUCCUCAUCAUGACUCUCCUUGGCAGAAUUGAAGUUGUCAUUCUCAUUCAUCAAUGAAACCUUUUAUCUAGCAUUUUUCUUGUUCAAUCAAGUUUUGGGUGAAUUUUCUGUUUUUUAAAUUAAAGCAGUAUUAAGACAUGCAAUGGGUUAACACGCAAUCUCGUUAGUGGACCGGAUGAUCUAAUUAAUUAUUAAUUUUGAAGACUGUGUCAAUGAGCAUUUUAAGCAAUCUGGGUCGUAAUAAUGAAUGGGAAAUAUUCUGUUGAGAGUUAUUUUUUAAAUAAUAUAACUGCAAAAGUCUUAAUUGUAUAAUAGAAUUUAAAUGUCCUCGAUGUUACUCAAUGAGAGAGUUUACAGUACUUCCUACAGAUAACUACUAAGACAACUCUUAGAGGCUUAUUUUUUAAUUUCAUCAAACGUCUGAAUUGGAUUGUUCAGAGGGAUUCAAUAAUUAUAAACCAAAAAAAAAA